AUGACAAUCUCUAUUGAGAAGCCGAUGUUUGAGGAGGUUUCUACAUUCAAGAAGAACAAAACCGAAGAAUUAGAAUUGGACGGAGGAUUUUUGACACCAAAAAUGGCCACCGACGGUGAUGAAGCGUUCUUGGCACCUGAGAUGAAUGCGUUCGGCCGUCAAUUCAGGGAUUACGAUGCUGAAAAUGAGAGGCAGAAGAGCGUUGAAGAGUUUUACAGAGUACAACACAUUAACCAAACUGUCGACUUUGUGAAAAAGAUGAGAGCCGAGUACGGGAAAUUAGACAAAAAGGUUAUGAGCAUUUGGGAAUGUUGCGAGCUGCUCAAUGAUGUGGUGGACGAGAGUGAUCCUGAUCUCGACGAGCCUCAGAUUCAGCAUUUGCUUCAAUCUGCGGAAGCUAUCCGCAAAGAUUAUCCUAAUGAAGAUUGGCUUCAUCUAACUGCUCUUAUCCAUGAUCUUGGGAAGGUUAUUACUCUUCCACAAUUCGGGGGACUUCCUCAAUGGGCCACUGUUGGUGACACAUUUCCGGUUGGAUGUGCAUUUGAUGAAUCUAUCGUACACCACAAGUAUUUUCUGGAAAACCCAGAUUUUCACAACCCAGCCUACAACACCAAAAAUGGGAUAUACACUGAAGGCUGUGGAUUAAACAAUGUCAUGAUGUCAUGGGGCCAUGAUGACUACAUGUACCUGGUGGCUAAGGAGAACGGAAGCACCUUGCCUUCCGCAGGACAGUUCAUUAUUCGAUACCAUUCUUUUUACCCAUUGCACACGGCUGGAGAAUACAAGCAUCUUAUGAACGAGGAAGACAAAGAGAACCUGAAGUGGCUACACGUUUUCAACAAGUACGACUUGUAUAGCAAGAGCAAGGUUCACGUUGAUGUGGAGAAGGUCAAGCCGUACUACAUGUCUCUCAUCCAGAAAUAUUUCCCGGAGAACUUGAGGUGGUGA